AUGGAUUGGAGCGGGCACCAGGCUAUUCAGCAGCAGAAAACAAGGUUCUGGGCAACUUUCUUCUGCAACUUUCUUCUGCAAUUUUUCCUUCGGUGGAAAUGGGGCCGUGCUACAAUCACCGAGAAGGGGCUCACAGCAGCAGCAACGAACGCGAAGAUACACACCAAGGUUCUGAAGGUCAUGUUCUACAAAAGAACUGGAAGCGAUCUAUCCGCCCCAUGGGUAGAAGAUCAAACUCAAGUUACUGACCAGGUCCUCAAGACGGCGUAUCAGAAUUUGCCUGAUAGCGAGGGCAGGUCCAUUCUCUACAGACACAUGGAAAGCAGAGGCAUGAAGAUUUGA